UUAGUGCUGACAGAGCAGGGUGAUGAAACUAAAAAGAUGAGGCAAACAUGUAAUAGUGAUGGUGGAGUGGGUUCCACUGAAAAUGUUCAAGCCCGGGGAAUAACUCUUCUCUCUAUUUUCGUCGACACUCCAACUGCCGAACCGAAUCCUGAAACCAAGCUAUUGGCUGACUUCAAGACAGACACUCAUCUCAGCAAAGUGUACUUGGCGGGAAGAGAGUAUCUCAACAAGGAAGGUCAGACCUCUGUGAGCCCGCUCAUUGGGAAAAUAAUGCAACAGAUCUGCACAGACCCCACUCUCUGUCCAGAGUAUCCAUCAUCCUUUGGCCUUCCAGAAUUCACCAGGAGAGCAACAGAAUUGGUUUUGGGCAGGGACUGCCAUGCCAUCGUGGAGAACAGGGUGUUGGGUGUGCAGACUGUGGGCUGUACUGGGGCUGUCCGUCUGGGGGCUGAGCUCUUGAAGCACUGGUACAAUGUGAGCGGUGUCUGGUGUGGGCCAGUCUAUCUCUCCUCCCCCUGUGAUGACUCCUUGGCUGGUAUCUUUGAGGCAGCAGGGAUCCAGGAUGUCCGUCGGUAUCGGUAUUGGGAUACAGAGCAGAGGGGUGUGGGUGUGCAAAAAAUGAUGGAGGAUCUGGAGAUGGCCCCAGAGCAGAGUGUCAUUGUUCUGUCUGCUUCUGCUCACUGCCCUACUGGUUCAGACCUCUCCCAGAAGCACUGGAGACACCUCACACAGCUUAUGGUGAGGUGUAGGUUUUUCCCUUUCUUCCUGCUGCCUGCACAGGGCCUAUGCCAUGGGGAUUUUCAACAAGACGCCUGGCCAGUACGUCUGUGUGCCUCUCUGGGGAUGGAGCUUCUGUGUGCCCAGUCCUUCUCCCACAGCUUUGGGCUUUACGGCGAGCGAGUUGGACACCUCUUAUGUGUCCUAAAGCAGAGCUCCACACUGCUAGCUGUUCAGUCCCAGGCCGAGAAGCAGGUCAGGGCUUUGUGGUCCCGGCCAUCUGUCAGAGGAGCUCGUGUGGUUGCCACGGUGCUCAGUAACCCUGCCCACCAUGUGGAGUGGCAGGAAGGAGUGAAGAGUAUGGUGGAGAGGGGCAUACUGGUCAGAGAGAGGUUGAGAGAGAAGCUAAGGCUUCUUGGAUGUCCUGGCAGCUGGGAUCACCUGAUCCAGCAAGGUGGACUGUACUGUUGCACUGGGCUGAAUGUCCAACAAGUGGAAUUCCUGGAAAAGAGGAGACAUAUCUACCUGCAUCCCAAUGGCUGUCUGAAUGUGAGUGCUAUCAACAGCUGUAACCUAGACUAUAUAGCUGAGUCCAUCCACCUGGCAUUGACCUCUGUCUUCUGAUGUCAAUUACAAUACCUGGGGACUCAUUUAUAAAACGGACUUAUGAUCAAUUUUGAUCUUAAGUAUGACUUACGCAGAAAACCACGUAUAAGUAGUUAUUUAUAAAACCUUACUUUGACGUGGAAAUUAUCUACUCUAUGUAGGUGAUUUUCCUGCUGGUUAUGUAGGGCUAUUCUUUUUUUCCCCUUGCAGUUUAAGGUCAGACACUUUCUUUUUCACAUCAGCCACAGUUCUGUCUUGCUGCCCCACCUGGUUCACUGCAGCGGCAACACACUCCCAAGCUAGCUGUUUGGCUUUGUCAACCCACCGAAUAAUACGUGUUUCCUGUCUUCGAUCUCCUCUACCAUCGCUGUGAUCUCGUCUUUCAAAAGGUUUGCUUUUCUAUUUUGGUCCAUGGCUAUUCCUGACUAAACCCUCAUUUGGGCUAGCAUUCUAUAAGGGGAAAUCGUUGAUUGUAAGGCACGUUCAGGUGCCGUCAAUUUUUAGUUAAUUUUAGAUUUAUAGAUCACAGGUGCGUACGUUACAAAAUGGGAUUCUUAGAACCUGUGUAAGCAAGGUUUUUUAUGCCCAUGUUAAACAGAGAUCCUGUCCAUCGCCGAUCGAGGAGGGGAAAGCAGCAGCGUAGCACUGAGCAGCAUCUACGUAGGCAGAAGAGUGAGCAGCAUCUACGUAGGCAGAAGAGUGAGCAGCAUCUAUGUAGGCAGAAGAGUG